UAUAAAGAUUCCAAGAUUGGUGAUAAGCUAGCAAAUUAAACUCCGGCAACCAUCAAAAACUUGACAAAGAGAGGUAUUUUCCAUUUCAGAUCAAGAGAAGAUAUCAUCAGUGACUAAAAGAAAAUGAAGCAGAACAUGAUGGCUCUUCUGAUUGGAACAAUAGGUGCUGCACUCACCUUAUUGUCUUACUCACAAACCUUCAUAUCACCAAAUCAAUGCAUCACACUUGGCCUUAUUGUCCUCAUGUUGGGCUUGCUUGUGGGAGAAGGUCUCAUAUCUUUCUAAUCCUUUCUUCAAUUUCUUUAAUUUGAGAACUUUUUCUAGUCUUAAUUUUUAUCCAUAUUUUGAUUGCAAAAUUAAGUCUUAGUCUAUGAAGGGUUGAAGGAAAAGUAUUGUAAUUUCUUAGCAGCAAUAGAUAUUUCUUUCUUUUAUAUUGGCAAGUAAUGUAAUUUCUGAGCAACAAUACAGGUUUCUUUCUAUAAAUUUUGUCCUCAAAUAUGUAUGUUGAGAAUUGUAUUAUAUAGCCUUUUAUUAGAAAUUGAGUGCUGCAGCUGGUCAAACAC